AUGGCUGCCUUAUUAUCCUCUGCCACCCCCAGCAGCAUCCACGACCUUGAAGUUGAUAAGACAAUGCGCUUAUACACCGGACGUCCUCCAGCAAUUAUACCUAUUCUUGUCUGUCUCCAAGCCACCUCUGCCAGACCCAUAAGCCUCUCUGAACGAGCGGGCAUAGAUUCGCUAAAUACCCUCCGUUCAAUCGACGACCAACCAAAAAGAGAGAGAGGAAUUAUCGAUCUUGAGAAGAAGGUGAAGCUCCUGAUAGGGCUUUGUGCGGGACUCGGCGGACUCCUGUUUAUAUCUCUGAUAUCAUAUCUCGUUGUACAUAAGAUGUGGUACCGAAAACUAUUCUGGCGCGAAAAGGCCAGUCGGCAGGUCCGGGAUAAUGGAGUUUCAUCGUCGACGCACCCAGAUUUCCCAUGCCAUCCUCUUUACCGGGAAGGAAUUCGAGCAGCGAGCACACAGACCAGCCCCAAGCUGCCUGAGGCGCAAUCUCCCGCAACGUCAAGCCCAUUCAGAUACCACCCUUACAACCCCCAGCCGCCGAAUUCAUAUUUCCAGCCUGUAGAGGUUUACCAAACGCUCAUGCUACCCGGUGAAAUACUGGAAACGCGAGCCAGCCAGACUCCUGGCUCCGGAACCAAUCUCCCAACUUCAAGAAGUUCCCAGGACGAACUAUCCACUACACCCCAAGGCCGCACGCACGCUGUGGAUGCUGCUGCGCACCCAGUACCUAUAACGCAUCUAUCUCAACUACCGAUCCAUAGCCCGCAGCCACGCCGCAUUGGGUUGCCUGUGAGCCCCAAGCUCCAGUGA